UAAGCCGCAUUUGGUCUCAGACUUGCGAGAGGGUACGGCGCGCUGAUCCUGUCCCGGCCGUGUGUGUUAUUUUUUACAGAGAUAAUUCUCAGGUGACCAUACUGUUUCAGUUCGUGAUCUGAGUUUGAUCGAAUGGAUUAUCAUAAAUUCUUCUCGGAAAAUGCUCUACGUCGCCUUCCGUCGUGGAUUGGGGCCCUCAGAAAGUACAUCGUGAAUCCAUCGCCGGAUAUGCUGUGGCUGGCAGGAGGUCUCCCCAACGACGCCAUCUUUCCCUUUUACGAAGCGACGGUCAAGCUGAGAGACGGGCAGGUCCUCGAAGUGGGUCCUGAUCUCAUGGCGAAGGGCCUGCAGUAUGGAGGUCCUACAGGUUACGGCCCGCUUUUGAAGCACCUCUCGGACCUGACCCAGCGGCUGCACUCGCCCCCGCUGUGGUCGAGCAGCAAACAGGUGGUCACUGUUGGGGGCCAGGACGGUAUCGCCAAGGCCUUCGUCAUGCUAACUGAUCCCGGCGACUACGUGAUCAUCCCUGAGCCUUGUUACGCUGGUAUAUUCUCGGAGUUGAGUGCGCUCGUCCCUCACUAUCUCCCGGUUGAAGAGGACCAGGAAGGCAUGAAACCUGAUGCUUUGAGGUCAACUUUGUCUCGCUGGAAGGCCGAGACGGGAGGAAAUGAGGCUGGGAAAAAGAUCAAGUACAUGUACAUUAACCCGAGCGGCAGCAAUCCUUCGGGAACGACGCUGAGUGAGGCUCGACGUCGGGAGAUCUACGCCCUUGCCUGCGAGUACGACUUCCUCAUCCUCGAGGACGACCCCUACUACUUUUUGCAGUUUAUCGAUGAGUUCCCGCCGAGCUUCCUGAGCCUGGACACGGAGGGCCGAGUCCUGAGGUUCGACUCCUUCUCCAAGACGCUCAGCGCUGGACUCCGGGUCGGCUACCUCACGGGACCGACGCCUCUUGUCGAAAAGAUCAAUCAGCACAUAAUGGCUACAGUGCUGGGUUCAGCAGGCCUGUCUCAGGUACUGAUAGCCGAGUUGUUUAACCUCUGGGGCUUAGACGGGUUCCUUCAGCACGUGAAAGAAGUUCGGCAGUUUUACCGAAGCAAACGGGAUGCCAUCUUGCAAGCGGCAGAAAAACAUCUUACUGGCCUCUGUGAAUGGAAUGUGCCUCAAGGUGGAAUGUUUUUGUGGAUUAAGGUGCUUGGAGUGAAGGACACGGGGGACAUGCUGCUGGAGCGAAGUGCAGCCAGAAACGUCCUUCUGGUUCCUGGGAAAGGCUUCACCACCAAGUUCGAUCUUCCUUGCCAGUACAUGAGGGCUUCUUACUCCACUGUCACGCCUGAGCAGAUGGAUAAAGCCUUCAGAAUUCUUGCGGAGGUGAUCAGAGAAGAAAUGCAACGGCCUUAACCGAAAGAUUCUUAGUUGCUUUUAAUUUUUAAUUCCUAUUUUCACGUUUUUCACUGUUAACAUUCCAAAUGUGUGUUGUUCACUAAUGCAAAUCAUCGAAAUAGGCUAGCUUUAUUUCUACGAUUAUUAUUCAAGGCUGUAUUUGCAGUGGCCUAUUUUUACUGGAGAUU